UCAAGAGUAAUGACCUUCACCACUUGCUCUGUGAUUCUCUCUCUCUAGCUAAACUCCAUCAUCUUCCACUGCCCCUGCUCGCUGUAAAACUAAAAGCAGAGCUUUAAUGGCUGAUGCUGUUAUUGCUAGGUCUUUAAGCUUCUGUUCUUGCUUCCACCCUUUUUUUCUUUCUCCUAAACCCAUUCUCUUGCCUUCUCUUCCAACUGCUUCCAAACGCACUUCUUCUUCCAAGAUCCUUUCCUCUCAAAAGUCUUCUUCUUCUUCUUCUUCUUCCUUCCACGACGCCGUUUCUGGGGAUUACGGCAUUGUUUCUACCUCUGAGCACUCAGACGGUAGCGUUUCUGAGGGUUUCGGCAUCGUUUCUAUAUCUGAGCAUUCGGAUGGAAGUGUACUCUUCCGGUUUGGAGAGAUUUCGAAGAAUGUUCAAAUGGGGAAAGAGGAAAUUGUUGUUGAUGAUUGUGUUGAUGAAUUUGAGUUAGGCGGAGAAGGUUCUGAUACUGAUCAUACAAAUGGAAUGAGUGAAGAAUUGUUGGAGGAUUCUAUCUUAGAUGGUGAAUCAAGUGAUGGGAAUAAUGUCAAUGUCCUUGAGAUGAUCAACUUUAAGAUUUUAACUCCUCCGGCUAAUCAAUCCGAGCUUGAUGGUGUUGUAGAAGUAGAAACUAUUGGUAGGAAUAGUAACGUUACUAGUUCAGCUAUUGAUUCGGAGCUGGACAUUGUUUUUUCUGAGGAGGAAGUUUCCCAAGAGGAUAGUAUUAGUGAAGGUGAAAUUGUUAGUGAAUUGGUUGAGUCUGAUGUUGAAGUACCCAAUAACGUUGCAUUGCAAGCUGAAACCAAAGAGAAUAACGAGGUCCAAGUUAUGCAUCUCUCUUCAGGUAGACAGGAACAUAGCAUGCAGCAGCACACGGAGGCAAACAAGAUGACUGUUCAUGAAGGUUCCAGUCGUGAUAUCGUUGAAGUACUGCCCGAUUCGGCUUCCUUUGAGGCCAAAAUCAUUCUCGAUGACGAACCAACCUGUGAUGCAGUGGAUGAGGAACCAACUCAUAUGGCAGUGAAUGAGGAACCGACCCAUAUCGCAGUGGAUGAGGAACCAACUCCUAAGGCAGUGAAUGAGGAACCAACCCAUAUUGCAGUGGAUGAGGAACUAACUCAUAAGGCAGUGGAUGAGGAAACAACUCGUAAUGCAGUGGAUGACGAGCCAAUUCGUAAUGCAGUGGAUGAGGAACCUGCACAGCUUGUAGUGGAUGAGGAACCAACUCAUAAGGCGGUGGAUGGCAAACCUACUAGUAAUGUAGCGGAUGAGGAACCAACUAGUAUUCAAAUGCAUAAGGAAUCAACUCAUAAUACAGUGGAUGAGGAAUCAACCCAUAUUGCAAUUGAUGAGGAACCAACUCCUAAGGCAGUGGACGAGGAACGAACUCGUGUUGCAGUGGAUGAGGAAACUAUUAACGUUGAAGUAGUUGAGAGCUCAAAGAUGUUAGAAGGCAAUCUGCCUUCCUCAAAUUGGGUUGAAGAGAUAGCUGGAGGAGAUUACAGCAGUAAUAAUGCAGAUAUGGCAGUUCCUCACGUAGAAGAAUCGCAAAUGAGAGUAGCUACUUUGCCUAUGGAGGAAAUCUCUAUGUCGGGAUUUUUCAUGUUUUGUGGUGCUGCAUCACUGCCACAUCCCUCUAAGGCAUUGACAGGUGGAGAGGAUGCAUAUUUUGUUGAUAAAAACUGGCUCGGUAUUGCUGAUGGAGUCGGACAGUGGUCACUUGAAGGAACUAAUGCUGGACUAUAUGCCCAAGAGUUGAUAAAUAACUGUGGGAAAAUUGUGGUUGAUAGCAAAAGCACCCUAAUAACUAACCCGGUGCAAGUUCUUGAUAAAGCUGCCAUGGAAACAAAAUCUCUCGGAUCAUCCACAGCUUUGGUUGCUUAUUUUGAUGGUCAGGCUUUACAUGUGGCUAAUAUUGGAGAUUCAGGAUUUCUCAUUAUAAGAAAUGGCACUGUUUUUAAGAAGUCUUCUCCAAUGGUGCAUGAGUUCAACUUUCCAUUACAGAUAGAGAAGGGGGACAAUCCCUCUGAACUUGUGGAGGAAUAUAAAAUUGAUCUGCAUGAGGGUGACAUUGUCAUCAUUGCUACAGAUGGCCUUUUUGACAAUCUAUACAAUCAAGAAAUAGCUUCAAUCAUCUCCAAAUCACUGGAAGCUAGUUUGAAGCUGCAGGAAAUAGCAGAAUUGUUAGCCGUGAGUGCUCAAGAAGUGGGGCAGUCAUCAUCCAUAAGAAGUCCAUUCGCCGAUGCAGCCCAAGCUGCUGGUUAUGUGGGAUAUACCGGCGGCAAGCUUGAUGAUGUAACUGUCAUUUUAUCAUUAGUGCAGAAAAGAUCCACCUCUACUGUGCAAUAGGUUUCCUUCUUUACACUGUUACAGUCCUUGUAUAUGCUUAAAAUAUUUCUCUUUUUGUCUUUUUUCUUUUUUUUGGUGCUAGUUCGAUUACUUAUUUAUCGAACUAGCUCGUGUUAAGAAAAGACUUGAUUCUUUUUGUAAUGCUAAUAUGGUUAAAUUUCAUAGAUUCACAUUGGCCUAUCAUCGGUU